GACAGCAUCAUUUGACUUGUGCUCCGGAAACAAAAACAAUCUGUUCUUCCCGAAGAAGUUUCAGUACCAAAUCGAUUAAAAUAGCCUCGACAUUAAGCCAGUCCAAUAUCCAAGCGCUGUAAAAUACCACAAAGUCACCGGCCAUUACGCAGAGACCUCACAACAAUCUACAUUUGACUUCCAGCAGAGGAAGCGAGCCAAGAUGAGCACACCGGCGGCCGUCAGGGUGAUCGGCGCCUUCGACAGCCCGUUUAGCCACCGCGCCGAGGUCGCCCUGCGCCUCAAGGGCGUUCCCUACGAGCUCAUCCUGGAGGAGCUCCACAACAAGAGCGAGCUGCUGCUUACGAGCAACCCCGUCCACAAGAAGGUGCCCGUGCUCCUCCACGGCGACCGCACCAUCUGCGAGUCGCUCAUCAUCGUCGAGUACGUUGACGAGACCUUCGACGGGCCGGCGCUUCUCCCAACGGACCCCUACGACCGUGCCACUGCCCGCUUGUGGUCCCGCUUCAUCGAUGACAAGUGCUCGAAGCCGUUCUGGCUGGCGAUGUGGACUGAUGGGGAAGCGCAGAAGGGGUUCACGAAGGAGAUCAAGGAGAACUUCGCGCUCCUGGAGGCGCAGCUCGAGGGUAAGAGGUUCUUCGGCGGCGGCACCAUUGGCCUCGUCGACAUAGCCGCCUGCGGGUUCGCGCACUGGCUCACCGUCUGCGAGGAGGUUUCUGGCGUGACACUGGUCACGGCCGAGGAGUUCCCUCGCCUGUGCCGCUGGGCCAAAGAGUAUGCCUCCGACGAGAAGGUCAGAGCGUGCCUGCCGGACAGGGCGCAGAUGCUCGCCCAUUUCACGGCCAACAAGGAGAUGUUCAUGGCCAUGGCAAAGUCAAUGCUGCCAAAAUAAUGUGAUGUAUGUUGAUGUGGAAGUGGAUGCGUGCAUGAAAGAUAUCGUAGCCCAGAGCGCAUGGUCGUCAUGUGAUGGAAUAAAGAAAAAUCAUUUACUAGUAUUAAUCAGUCAUCUGAUUUAUUUAUUAUUUCUCAAAAAAUAUCUGAUUCAUCUAUUUUGAUGCAAAUCAAUCAUAUGAAUUUAUCAACUUUGCAAUAGCAAAUUACCGUUUGAGCCA